CAAACAAACUCAGUUCUUUGGCCUGCAUUCAUAUCAUCACGAUAAAAAAAUCUAAUUACCAUUAUAAUACACUGCAGUGAUGGGUUGUUUCUCGAGCAAAACCAAGAGCGAGGAGACGGAGAUUUCCAGGCCGGCACAGACCGGAAGCGUACCACCAAGCAUCCCGCACCCUGGGGCAAGCACAAAGGACGUUUCACCGGAAAAUCAGACGCCCAAGCAGACUGGAGGAACUGAGAAAGAACCCACGAAUCCGGAGAACCCAGUCGUGUUCUUCGACAUCACAAUCGGAGGUCGCAAUGCCGGUCGAAUCCAGAUGGAGCUGUACAUGGACGUCGUCCCUGCUACGUCAGAGAAUUUCCGAAGAUUCUGCACCGGAGAGGCAGACGGAAGCUACAAGGGCAGCAUCUUCCAUCGCGUCAUUCCGUCAUUCAUGAUCCAAGGUGGCGACUUCAUCAAUGGCGAUGGAACCGGCAGCGCGACUAUCUUCGGCAGCGAAUCUUUCGACGACGAGAAUUUCAACCUCAAGCACACUCGCCCUGGAUUACUCAGCAUGGCCAAUUCCGGCCCCAACACAAACGGCUGCCAGUUCUUUAUAUUGACGGAAAUGGCUCCUCAUCUGGACGGAAAGCAUGUUGUUUUCGGCGAUGUAAUCGGUGGGAUGAAUGUAGUAAGAGAGAUUGAGAACACGCAGACUGGAGCAGGAGAUAGGCCGGUGAAGGACGUUGUAAUUAGCAACUGCGGACAGGUGUCCGGAGCGAAGGUAACAUGAUUAUCGUUCAUGUGGUAGGGCCCAGGACCUCGAGAUCUUCAUUAAUGUGUUAGGAGAAUAUACCGAGCAAAAGCGCGUUUUUCAUAUGUUGUCUAUAGUCUGUCUGAAAAAAUAAUUCAUUUGAACUACAUGG